CUCUUGCGAUACACUGAGAGAGUCGAGCCGAAAGUGAAAUUUCUUUUAAAAAACAAUGGCAUGAACUUUGUGUCUGGAUAUUGGACGUUUUUUACAGGUCAUAACCAGUCCUUAAAUUUAUGCCAGUACAAAAGGGUAAGCAGAGGAAGUAAAAUGUCUUUUAGGCAUGCUUUGCGUUCCAAAUUCCGACACAAUGAGAAAGCUCACGAAGCUGGUGCCGUAGAAACUUCAAAGGAAAAGCCUGCAACAUCUGAUAAUGGAGAUGAUGGAAACACACUUAGUAAUGUAUCAAGUAGAUCUACAAGAGUAGAAAACCUACCUUCUGAUUCCGCAGAUGAUACGGUAAAUAAGAAAUUAUGUACAAUUCAAAUUUUGCUGGAAAAGAUACCAGUUACUGAGAUAGAUGGGCAUUUAAGAGGCAGUCUUAGCAAUGGAAAUGGUGAUGCAACUGGUAGGUAUUGCAUAAGAUAA